GGUCUCUCCCACGUGUGCGUCCCCUGCUCAUUAACCAACCAAUUACUCCCACGUCAUCACAAUCACUUCUUUAAUAAAAUUAUAUUAUCUCUAAUCCUUCAAUCCAUAUAAAGAAACAAAAAAAAAUUAUAUAUAAAAAAAAAAAGAUAAAAAAAGAAAACCAAUGCUUAACUUAGAAGACAAAAAAGAAGGCUAAGAAAAGCCAAAAAAAUGCAUUAUGAUUUUUAGCUCAACCAAACCCCAUUGAUCUACUUCUUCUUCUUCUUCUUCUUCUUCUUCUUCUCAUUUUAUAUAAACUCUUUCUCUUUCUCUUUAACUUCUCUCUGAAAAAACCAUGGCACAAGCUCUACUCUUUCUUCUUCUUUUACUACUAUUCAUAUCAUCCUCAUCAUGCAUGGCUUCAUCAAAGACAGUGAUCAAGGAUGAUGAUGGUGUCAUCCCAUGCACAAUGUGCUCAUCUUGUGACAAUCCUUGCCAACCAAUCAUUUCUCCACCGCCGCCACCAACCGACACUUCCGGCUGCCCGCCACCACCAUCACCACCCACUGAAUACUACUCACCACCACCACCAUCACCACCAACUGAUUACUACUACUCUCCUCCUCCACCACCACCCUCAGGCUCCUUUGUUUAUGCUUCACCACCUCCACCACCUUCCGGUGCCGUGGCUUACUACUCACCACCGCCACCGGCGCCUUCUGGUGGUUACUAUCCGGCAACAACACCGCCGCCGCCAAACCCAGUGUUGCCUUACUUCCCAUUUUACUAUUAUAGUCCACCAUCACCUUUGCCAUCUGUUUCUGAUCUUCAGUUGAAACCCAUGUCUUGUUUUCUCUUGAUUUUCUUAUUCUCAUUUGUUAAGUUUCUGUUUUAGUAAU